AUGAUUGCAAGCAACACUGAGCCAAAGAUCUUGGAUGAACAAGCCCAGAUGCAUAAGAAUAAAGAUGUGGAAUAUGUGAAUUCUGAAUAUGGGAAGAACGCGGUGAGACUGCUGUACAUUAGACGAGAAGGCACGACUCACUGCAUCAAAGAACUGGAAGUCUCUGUGCAUAUAAGGCUGAACACCGUCAACGAAUUCUUGAAUUCUGACAACAGUCAAGUGAUCCCCACAGACACCAUAAAGAAUACAAUCCAAGCUUUGGCCAAAUGCCGAGGGAUCAGAACAAUAGAGGAGUUUGGCCUUGAUAUCUGUGAUCACUUCCUUACAUCGUUUUGUCACGUGAUAUACUGCAAUGCCUUCAUCCAAGAAGUACCAUGGCAACGCUUAGAAAAGGAUGGUGUCCCCCACGUCCAUGCUUUUCUCUAUAGCUCAGAAGGGGUUCGGUUUUGUGAAGUGGAACGGACUCUGGAAGGUAGUCCGAUUGUUUUUUCUGGCAUUAAGGAUCUGAAACUUAUGAAAACAACCCAGUCUGGAUUUCAAGGCUUCUUCAAGGAUAAAUAUACCACACUUCCAGAAAGAAGAGAUCGAGUGCUGUCAAUAGAAACACUGAUCAAGUGGUGUUAUGGAGAAGGCUCAGACUGUCUUGAUUAUGACUGCAUAUGGAGAACUGCCCACGAGUGUGCCCUCGAUGCCUUUGCCGGGCCACCUGAAUCAGGUCACUACUCACCUUCUUACCAGAAGACGGUCAACUGCAUCCAGACCUACAUCCUGGAUAGACUCCCCCAGAUUGAGGAAGUGGAAGUGAUCAUGUCCAACAUCCACUAUUCUGUGACGGAUCUGGAAAAACUGGGACUGUGUAACGACAAGGAGAUCUUGACACCUCAGGAUACACCCUUUGGGGCUUGUGCAUCUACGCUGCGCAGGAAGAAGGACUGCCCAGGGACAUACCAGCCACGCCCUGUCACAUGUAAACCCCGUUACUCCGUUGGAUUUAAGUCCUGCAGUGGGAUGAACUAAGCAGCCGGCGGCUUCCUAGAUCGUCGCAUCUUGCAAAAUUGACCUCCUAUCAGCUUGCUUAAUUUACUCCACACUUUCCAUAGCUUUGUGUAUACAUACGAGCAACAUUUUCAAGGUGGCCUGAAGGAAAUUGAACGCUGGCACCACUUUUUUUUUUUGCUUCUUUUAAAAAUCAAAACAAAACAAAACAAAAAUGUUCAAAGCAUCCCCCUAGAGUUCAAGGAUUUUUCAGGCCUCCUGUAUGAAUUAGACAAUCUGCGCUUAUUUCACAGGUUGGAAGCCUGCUGGUAGAUACUUUGAAGCAGUAACUACUAAGAUAUUCUUUUUCCCCUUUAUAUUAACAAGACAAGUGCAAGCUUACAUGCCAGGUCCCUUGACUUCCAAUGGAGCCACACUAAGCUCCACUAACCGAAGAUCUGGACCCCUUUUCCCUAACUUAGCAAAGUUUGCAUUCGCCAUAUAAAUUUAGCCCAUAAAUUCGGCAAAUAAAGCAAAAACGCUGCAUCCAGCAUAUAUUGUUUAGUUUGGCCAUAGAAGUAUCAAUGUCAGUAUUGACUAAUUGAGACAGUCAAGUAACAGGCUGAGUCCCCUACCGCUGUAUUUUGCUCCUCUGAUACACAAAGCCUGGGUCAUGUGUGAGUAGGAAAAUAACUAUGUCUAUCUGUAUAAUCGUAAGACAUGCUUGAGCUACCUUUAUAGAGUUAUGUAAAUCUUUAAUAAUCCUCAAUCUUCGGGUUUCUUCUCCUAAUAGUGCUUUGAUUUCUGAGCAAGCAGACUGCAUGCAUGGGGAAAGGAGGAGAGUUGAAGAACGCUUAACCUGAUCAGGGACAGACUUUGGCAAUGUGGUACCCUAAGAGAGGACCAAAUUUGCUCCCCUUCCCCCAAUAUUUAUUAUUUCACAACAAUUCCUUCUGGUUCAGUUUACCCAUGUAUUUGCCCUUAUAAAAAUUGG